UUAACACAGUCGGAAAUAAUUCACUGCUGUUGUAGUCGGAUUUUUAUCCACUUUCUUUAUUAUAAAUGUUGGACCCGAUAACAUUACAUGCUUGUAAAUACUGUUCAUGAUUCAGGUUUGUUGUCUGACUUUUUGCUCUAUCGAUGAUGAAAAUAAUUUAAAUUCGAAGCAUUCCAAGGGUCAUAUGUAAUGUUUUCAAGCCACAACGGUCGAGUACUUACUGCUGGUGCAAAGUUGCUUUCUUGUCAGUUUUUAGCCCAAACUAACCUCAAUUUGUUUCUCAAAAUACAGUGGCACUACACUCAAUACACAAUAAAAUAAACAAUUAUAAUUAUAACAUACAUUGGAAAGUGCUGUUGAUCAAUCGGAUUCUUCACUUCAACUGAGAAAAUGGCUGUAUCGAAAAUUCAUGAUGAAAUCCCACUUGCUGAUGAUGAUCCUCAAGUAAUAAUACACGAUGACCCUGAGCCAAACUCCAUGUCCGAAGCCAACUCCUCCAGCAUGAUUCAUGGAAGAAGUAUGGAUUCCAUCCAGUCAACCUUUACAAAUGGAAGUUCCAGCCCGCAACACAAUUCUCUGGACCAGGAUGCUAGUCCUGAUGAGCAAGAAGAGAAGGCUCGUCUCAUUUCGCAAGUUCUAGAGCUUCAAAAUACGUUGGAUGACCUUUCACAGAGAGUUGACAGUGUAAAGGAGGAAAACCUGAAGCUCCGCUCGGAAAAUCAGGUUUUAGGCCAGUAUAUUGAGAACUUAAUGUCAGCUAGUAGUGUAUUUCAGUCUACUUCCCCAAAGAUUAAGAAGAAGUAAUUGGCUCUAGUCACGUCACCAUUUUAAACCAGAUCUGUAAUAGCUUAAUUUUUUUAUUUAUCUGGCGUUACCUUUAUAUAAAACAGGCAAUCACUGUCCUCUUCACCAAAUAAUAUAUGUAGGUUUUAUUAUAUUGAAACACCUCACCCUAACGUAGAACUUUCACUUAAAAUUAGUGAUUCAUGCCUUUAUAUUGUAUGUAUUGAUUUUUUAUUUAUUUACACCAAAUAGGCCUUCGACUUCUUAUUUUGUGUCUGUGAUUUUUCGCUAAACUUACCAUAAUAAUGUGUUGUAGGACCAUUUAUCCGACACUAUUUUAACCUUACUAUUAAGAAAGAUAAUUUAUAAUUUGCUUGCCAUAAAUUAGGAUGUGUUCAAAUAUUAUAUGAAGGUUUUUAUUAUGGAAGCUACUAGGCAGGAAUAUAAAGUAGUUUUCACAA